AUGGAGUGUAACGGAACAACCCUUUUGCUAGUGCUGGAAAGAUACAUCCACUACUCUGCAUUCUCGUUUUCGUUCAUCGCUCAACUGCCUCUGUGGCGUUCGUCUGUGGCGCAGUGCGACUGGACGGGCCUGUUACACUGUCUUGAGGUCCUAGAGACGAACCUGACUGGAUCAUUUAACAACCCUUCCCAAGUUGACAUGUCAUUGGCUAACGUGGAUGUACCUUUUCUUAAGCUAGAGCCGGAUAUCGAUACUGAAGAGCCUCCAAUUUAUGUCCCUGAGUCACGUGAUCCUGAAGUGAUCCGAGCGCUUUCCGACGAGGAACGAAGGCGAGCGCUUAACGACGUUAAAGCGGUCGGCGAGUUCGGCGAGCAGUGGGCAGAACUUUUGGACAAAGUGCUCCCCACGAAACCAGUCAUACGGAUGUGGCGCUGGGAUGAAGAGCUGAAAACCUUCCAUGUUUAUCUGCGUAGGCCCAUUCAGGGUGUUAUAACAGAGGUGGGACCCAGAGGAGUAAAGAUGGCGAGAGGAGCUGCGAUUGCACUACCAAAACACAUUCAAGGGAGGUUUUUAGGUGCUCGCGUUACUUUUGACAAAGGAUGUGAACCUAAAGGCAAAAAAGGUCCUGUUAGCGUGGCGGUGACAGAGCUUGGGUUGAUGAAAACUGAGGACAAGAUGUACGUAACAGCUCAGGGAAAGAGGCUUCCAUACGACAAAGCUCUAGAUAGCAUGAAAACGGUGACUUGGAAAUAA